AUGCUGGCUGACACACGCGAGGAGGAGGCGCGGCGCCUCAAGGCUCAACUGCAGCAGAUCGAGCAGAUGGGCCGCCUAGCCACACCGCCCCUGCUGUCUGGAGACGUCCCAGAAACCCUGGGCCUAAACGCUGCACACAUCGAGGCAAGCGUGACGGCCCUGGCGGGCGCUGCCAGGGCCCUGCGUGCCGAGCUACUGCGCUCCAAAAAGCGCGUGCCCGGGCUGCGGCCGCUCCUGGAGCGGCUGCCGGUCCUGUCAGAGGUGCGGGCUCACGAGGGGGGCGGCGAUGAGGUGGGCAUAGAGCUGCGGGAGGCGGCGUUCUGCCAGCCGCUGUGGGCCUGCCUGGAGCGCCUGCUGUGGCGGCCGUGGCAGGGAUACAGCAACUGCAGCGGCAGCGGCAGCGCUGCCGCUAGCAGCAGCGGCAGCGGCUUCGGGGGUCAGGAGGAGUGGGGCCCCGCAGCGGUGCUGCCGGCGCUGCUUCGCACUAAGCCCGCCGUCAUCAGCGCCGCAGCCGCGGCACUGCGGGCCGCCAGCGGGGAGGAUUUUGCGCAGCAGGGCGGCGGCGGGUGCGGGGAUGGCGCGUCAGCAUACCGCGAUGAGGCGCGCGUCUGCCUCGACGCCGCCACCAGCCAGGGCGUGCAAAAGGGCGGUGGCGGGCUGCCCGGUUGGUGCAGCCGGGGCGGUGGCGGCGCCGGAGUGACGUCAGCGGCAGUGGGUGCGCCUGAGCCCCUCCUGCCCACUGCAGCCCUCGACGACUUGAGCUUGCAGAUUCUCUACGAGGUCGUCUGGGCUGCCGCUUGGGAAGACCAGGGGCAACCCGCCGCAGUGCUCUCACACUUGCUGGCCGACGCGGCCGCGACCGCUGCGCUGCGCGCGGCGCUGCGCGAGCUGGUGUGCGCGGCGCUGCGCUGCCGGCUGGCCGCGGAGGCCCUCCACCCGCUGCUGAUCGUCACGGCGCGGCCGCCUGAAGAGUGCAGCGUCUGGCCGGCGCCGUCGAGCGCUGACGAGGCGGAGACUGUGCAGGUGGUGGAGUUGGGGGGGCCUGCGACCAGCAAAGCCAGCGACGGCAUGGGCGGGGGCGGACGCCUCACGAGGGAGGAAGCAGAGCUCUGCUGCGCGCGCCCCGGCGUGCGCAUGGGGCCCGCGCUCGCCCUGCUCGUGGCCGCGUCGCCCGGCCGCGGCGCUGCGGCGCCUGCCGGUGACGCGACGCAAGCGCCACUGGCCCAUGCCCCUGUGGUGAGCCGGCGCAUCAUGCUGAGAAGGCAGGUGUUCAAGAUCGGGCGGUUGGCGGCGGUUGACGGCCCCAACCCCCAGGUCCCUGAUGGCUCACUGCUUGUGAAUGGUCAGUAA